GCCACAUCCAUCGAGGCUAUUUAAAGUAAAGGACAUCUUCACUCCCCGGCCGCAUGUGGACCAAUAGCAGCUCGACUAGCGCCGCUUCAGCCAAUCACAGCCGAGUCUGAGCAGCACUGCGGACGACGACGGUCAUGGAGUGGAGUAGUGUCCUUUUCGGUGUAACAAACUUUUAGCAUUUAGUUUCGAAACGGGACAAAAACGGAGUGCUGGUCUGAGCAGAAACAUGGGGGAGCUCCAGGGUUCGUACCGGGUCCUGCAGACCCCUGGUGUCCGGCUGGGAGCCCAGUUCAACCCCGGUAUCAGCACCUUGGAGCCGGGCCAGAGCCUCAGCGGCAACAUGGUCGGUGGGAGCAAGAGCCACCACGGACGAGGGCUCCAGAUCCGAGUGCAGGGGCUGGACGACUCCCAGGAGUUCUUUGAUGUCGACACAAAAUCUAUUGGACAGUAUCUCCUCACUGAGGUUUUCUUGAGAGGCAACCUCAUAGAGAGGGAUUACUUUGGCCUGGAGUUUCAGAACAUGCAGAUGAACUGGGUUUGGCUGGAACCAACGAAACCCAUUAUUAGACAAGUCAGGAGACCAGAAAAUACACUUUUUAGACUGUCGGUGAAAUUCUUCCCUCCAGACCCUGGUCAGCUGCAGGAGGAGUACACGAGGUACUUAUUCUCGCUGCAGAUGAAAAGAGAUUUGAUGGAGUCCAGGUUGAUCUGCACAGAAAAUACCGGAGCCCUGCUGGCCUCUCACCUCGUCCAGUCGGAGAUCGGCGACUACGACGACGCAGCCGACGUGGACUUCCUGAAGACGACCAAGCUGUUGCCGUACCAAGAGAAGGUGCAGGAGAGGAUCAUGGAGCUCCACCGCAGGCACCUGGGCCACACUCCAGCUGAAUCAGAUUUCCAGAUCCUGGAGAUUGCCCGUAAACUGGAGAUGUACGGCGUCCGCUUCCACCCGGCGGCCGACCGGGAAGGCUCCAAGAUCAACCUGGCCGUCGCUCACCUGGGCCUUCAGGUUUUUCAGGGCAACACCAAAAUAAACACCUUCAAUUGGUCCAAGAUUCGCAAACUGAGCUUCAAGAGAAAGAGGUUCCUGAUCAAGCUCCACCCAGAAGUUCACGGGCCCCAUCAGGACACACUGGAGUUCCUGAUGGCCAGUCGAGACCAAUGUAAGAUCUUCUGGAAGAUCUGCGUUGAAUACCACUCAUUUUUCCGCUUGUUCGACCAACCCGAGCCCAAAUCCAAAGCCAUCCUCUUCACCAGAGGCUCUUCCUUCAGAUACAGUGGACGGACCCAGAAGCAACUUGUGGACUACGUCAGAGAAAACGGUGUUAAGAGAACUCCAUACCAGAGGAGGAACAGUAAAAUACGAAUGUCUGCUCGCUCCCUCGCCACAGAUGUGCCAAAACAGAGCUUGUCAUUCAACGACAGUCUCAGGGCCGCAGGCUCCCCAUCCUCCGCCACCGUGACCUUCCACCCGGCUAUCUCCAGUGUCCUCCCGCGAGCAGAGCUCCAACUUCAGCCAAGGACUUUGCAGACACCGAGCCGGUCUCCAGCACCUCCCCAGCAGCAGCAGCAGCAGCAGCUUCAGUCCCCUCUGCAGGCCACCAGACCCCCCAGCCCUCCGAAGGAAGAACCUGUCAAGGCCGCGUCUCCGUCUCACUUCGCUUUUCAAGAUUCAGCCGUGGACAGCCCCCAGGUGUCUCCCUUCAGCUCCAAGGGUCCCCUCUGCAUGUCCCCCUCCUUCCAGAUGUCCACCCUCAGCCUGCCGGGCCAGACGCCGUCGCCACUGCAGAGCCCCAUCCUGAGCGAGGUGGGCAGCAAUGCCAGGCUAGAGGAGGAGGAGGAGGGCAGGAGGAAGCGAUAUCCCACCGACAAGGCCUACUUCAUUGCCAAAGAGAUUCUUACCACGGAGCGAACGUACCUGAAAGACCUCGAGGUCAUCACUGUGUGGUUCCGCAGCGCUGUGAUCAAAGAAAACGCCAUGCCUGAAGGCCUGAUGACCCUCCUCUUCUCCAAUAUCGACCCCAUCUACGAGUUCCAUCGGGGCUUCCUCAAGGAGCUGGACCAGAGGCUGGCUCUCUGGGAGGGACGCUCAAACGCCCACGCCAAGGGGGACUACCAGAGGAUCGGCGACGUGAUGCUGAAGAACAUGUGCGCCCUGAAGGAGUUCACGGGCUUCCUGCGGAAACACGACGAGGUGCUGACGGAGCUGGAGAAAGCCAGCAAGAGGCUGAAGAAGCUGGAGACGGUCUACAAGGAGUUCGAGCUGCAGAAGGUCUGCUACCUGCCCCUCAACACGUUCCUGCUCAAGCCCAUCCAGCGCCUCAUGCACUACAAGCUCAUCCUGGAGAGGCUGUGCAAGCAUUAUUCUCCCGCCCACCGGGACCACGACGACUGCAAGGAGGCUCUGAAGGAAGUGGCCGAGAUCGCCACCCAGCUCCAGAGCAGCCUCAUCCGGCUGGAGAACUUCCAGAAGCUGACGGAGCUGCAGAGAGACCUGAUCGGCAUAGAGAACCUGACGGGGCCAGGCAGGGAGUUCAUACGAGAGGGGUGUCUGUACAAGCUCACCAAGAAAGGACUGCAGCAAAGGAUGUUUUUCCUGUUCUCAGACAUGCUCCUCUACACAAGCAAAGGAGUCACGGCGACCAAUCAGUUCAAAGUGCACGGCCAGCUGCCCCUUCACGGCAUGAUCGUGGAGGAGAGUGAAAACGAGUGGUCGGUCCCUCACUGCUUCACCAUCUACUCUGCUCAGAGGACCGUUGUCGUGGCUGCCAGCUCUAAAGUGGAGAUGGGGAAGUGGAUUGAGGAUCUGAACAUGGCCAUUGACCUGGCCAAGAAGUCCCAAGAGAAGUCCAGCAUCUUCCUUGACACUGGCCUCAGCGAUCACUCCAACCGAUCGUCCGAUGAGGUCUCUCUGGAGCAGGAGUCGGAGGACGAGAUGAACUCGUCCCGCACGUCUCUGGACAAGCAGACGCACCACCGCUCCAACACCACCAUGCACGUGUGCUGGCACCGCAACACCAGCGUGUCUAUGUCCGAUCACAGCCAGGCUGUGGAGAACCAGCUGUCGGGUUACCUCCUGAGGAAGUUCAAGAACAGCAACGGCUGGCAGAAACUCUGGGUGGUGUUCACCAACUUCUGCUUGUUCUUCUACAAGACCCACCAGGACGACUUCCCGCUGGCCAGCCUGCCUCUUCUCGGCUACACUGUCAGCACCCCCGAGGAGUCUGACGGCAUCCACAAGGAGUACGUCUUCAAGCUGCAGUUCAAGUCCCACGUUUACUUCUUCCGGGCGGAGAGCGAGUACACCUUCGAGAGAUGGAUGGAGGUGAUCAAGAGCGCAGCCAGCACCACGGGCCGGAUGAGCCUGCUCAUACCCAAAGGAGGUCCCGUGGAGAUGAACGGAAACUGAACAGGACGCCGCCGUCGGCGACGCUGCACCUGGAGGCUGGGCCUCCUGGGGCAUCAGACAGACGAUCCAAUCUUUUCUUUUAAAUGUUUUUUGCGGAGCUAAGAUUCGGAAAAUAACAGAUGAAGACUGAAAGAUACAGCCAGUUAAAAGUGUUUUUUUAAAACAUUUUUCAGGUUUAAAACGGUUUGUCUUGAUUAAAUGCUGAUGUUUAUUUCAGUAUACAGGAUAUAAUGAAAGGGAGACAUUUUGAUCUUUUUUUUUUUUGUAGAGCAUGUGUUGCACCCCCUUGGGCUGUCACAUAGAUGGACUUAUGGGAAAUACUGUUAUAUGGGACCAACUCCAACACAAAGGAGACUGUUACUCUUUAGCACAAGGUGACUGAAGCUUUUGUUGGGACACAGAUGAUACAAAGUAUGUGGGGGAAAAAAUGAAGGUGCACGAAAGUAUGUGCUCUCUACAAUGAAGAUGUGUGUUUGUUUGUGUGUGCGCGCAAGAGAGAGACGGAGGCGAGCAGAAAGUUUCACAGGAUGUUGAAGGAAGGACAUUACGUGUCUGGAGAAGCACGGGACGUUUUGAGAAAAUCUGUGUGAUUUUCGGUUGCAAACAUUUGGCAGCGUUUGUGAGAUUUUUUUAAGGACAAAGCUGUAUGAAGUAUUAGUAUGAGCAGCGUUUAUUCCCGAGGCUUUCCUGUUAAUGGGAGGAUAUUUCAUAUGUUUUAAAAGGGAGCUGCUUUAAUCUGUAGAAGGGCAGUGUUAAGGCCAGUUCGGUGCUACAUUUCUCUCCUUAAUAUCAAAUGUAAUCAAUGCAUCGUGUUUUUUGUCUUUGGCAUAGGGAUAACAACUUGAGGAAAAUAUGAGGUGGUGACACUAGUGUGCAUAAGUCAUAGGUUUUCCCCUCUAGAGGAACCAGAAGAACAUAUUAUGAAGUAAUUGUACUCUGUGAUAAUGUCGGGCUGCUUGUCUGACUUAUGGGAGACACAAACAACGCUUAUUGUCAGUUAUUUGGUGCGUUACAUGCACACAUGAUACUAAUCGGUAUGUUUUUUUGUAAGAAGACUGGAAUCUCCCCCCUCCCCGUGUGUGAGUGCAUGUGUGCGCAUGUGUGUGUGAGACUGACUGUUGCACAGGUUAACAAACGGUUUAUGUUACUCCUAUUUAUUGUUUAGUGCGUCAUCAUCAGGGCCCUUGCUCCUGCAUGCCCCCGCAUGCCCCCCCCAUGUAGUCUUCAUGUUAUUCCAUUGAAAAAAACCUAACGAAUAAAAGAUCGUUGCAAUCA